CAACUUGGACAGCAAAAUGUUAUUGCUAAUGCCAAGUGAAUAAACUUGCAGUGUGUGGGUCUGCACCAUGCUUGAUUUUCCUAACAACACACGUCCUAGGUGUGAAAAACCUUUGGAUCCCUCUGUAGAGGCAUCGUGUAUAAAAAUUUGGGUUUGCUGGCAGUGCUGGUGAACUUUUAGACUUCAGAUCGUUCGCAGUUGUGUUCGAGUCUUUUUCUCAAUCGUUCUUCUAUCUAAAGUGUAAAAAUGGCCGGAUUAACCCAAAAAUCAACUAGGCCAUGGCCUAGGGCAUCGCAGGUUUUACGGAUCCGCUCUAAACGAAGUUUUUUUAUCCAAAAUGAUAGCAUCAUUAAAAAAAGGCGCUGAAGUGGCACAGGUUGGAAUUUAUGUACUGUGCGCGUAGUAUAUAUUCGCAAAAAGUGUAAUGUGUGCAAAAUUCAAUUGUUUAUACCAUUGCUUUUUCUAUUAUUGGUCCACGCAUGCUGCAUGAUUUGUUUUUCUUGACGAUGGUGUAACGGUUUGCCUUUUAUAUGUAAUCAAUUUAGUAAUGUCCCCGUUGCGUGUUAAAGUCACAUGUUCUGUUAAGUCCUCUUGUGUUAGUGAAAGUCUCUUUAUGGCAAUGUGUUUGUCUUUCAAAAUGUAAUGUGACGCUCGUAUUGUCCUGUUAAUUAGCUUCCGUUUAUGAUAUUAGGUUAUUAGUGUGUGUUGAUCACGAUAUAAGUUAGUCUUUCCGUUGAAGCAUUAGAGAUAACACCAAAGAAGUCGAAUAUUUUGUGGGUUAUUUAUUCGGGGCCUAGGCCCUUUGGCCUAGCCCAUCGCUCUACCAAUGAGCUGGGUAUUCACUGGUUCUUCACCGUCCUAACAAGAACCCAUAAACGUUACAAUAGAUUAUUGAACCAGACUUGCGAAAUAGAACUUGCAAGUUUUAUGUAUGAAUUAAAUAAAAAUAACUGUACUCUGGUCUUAAACAACUUCGUUAAAAAAGCCUGAUAGGGAAAAGCCUGAACUCAUUUGGCAUAAAACAUCAAGUUGUAACACAACUAGCUAACUUUGCAAAUUCUGAAGCAUUUAUGAUGUUUUUUAAAUUUAUUUGUUCAAGAUCCAAAAAUUCUUAAAAAUAUGUCUUCAUCGCGUUUUCGUAUUGCCACUCUCACAAAAUAUAUUUGGACUACGGCUCCCCAGAGCUUUAAACCGGCCUUGAGUGUAAAACUGUUUAUACGAUAGGUAAGCCAUUUAAUUUGAUAGAACUCUGAUCGCAAAAUCUCUGAUCGCAAAAACAUGAACUUGGCUAAUAUCUACAUACAUUUUGAGAUCGGUAUUCGCAUUCCAGCUCCAACAAUGACAAUAUGGUUAUCAAAAAGGCAAGAAGGCAAGAAGGCAAGAAGGCAAGAAGGCAAGAAGGCAAGAAGGCAAGAAGGCAAGAAGGCAAGAAGGCAAUAAGGCAAUAAGGCAAUAAGGCAAUAAGGCAAUAAGGCAAGAAGGCAAGAAGACAAGAAGGCGGAAAGGCGAAAAGACAAGAAGGCAGAGGCAACAUAAACAGAAUUGGAACUCGAUGUUGCCUUCUUUGGUUUCACACAUAUCUAUUUCAUCGCUAAUUAUCAUAUGCCCUGCAAAACCUAUUAAAUUAAUGUUUUAGAAACUUCUUAAUAAGGGAGCAGUUCUAGGCCGCUUGCGUGGUAUGCGGAAAGGCCUUCUUUGAAAUGCAUCGCGGGGUAUUAAUUAAUCUUUAUUGUUCACUUAAACUGUUCACACACAAAUGACGUCAGAAGUCAACAUCGGCCCUUGGAGUGUAAGAAACAUGGACGAAGGCAACAUAACGACGUAUUCUUCCUCGGUUGAUAUUCCACGAUGGGUUUCUUCAUCUGUUUUGGCAGCCAGCGUGCUUCUUCUGAUUCUGAACUGUGCAGGCCUUUCCUUGCUGUUGAGGUUCUUGUUUAAGUCCGCUACGGAGGACAGGACUCCAAGCCAGACAUUUAUAGUAUGCAUCGCGAUGGUAUCCUUGUUUGGUUCUAUUGUUGGCAUUCCUUUCUGCAUCGUGGCAGCAUCUUUGAAGUAUAGACCGGCACACCUUGAGACAAGUUCAAGAUACCUGCAAAGUAGAGUUCUGUUCCUCUGCUUUGCCCUACUUCUCCAUUAUCUUAGCUGCAUAAUAGCUGAGAGGUACCUUACAAUAACAUCAAGAACAAGCAAGAUCACAAUCCCCGUUGCAAGAACAGUGGCAACUAUUAUCACUCUCUAUGUUGCUAUAUUGUGGAUAAUGAUCAUUGCUGAUGACGUAUGUGAUUAUGCAGACAGCAGUACAAUAACAACAUGCAGCUUUAAAAAUAGAAUAUCUCCUUCUUAUCUAUCAUCCAGCAGAGUGCCUUUGAUAAUCAUAACUAUCUGGAUGUCUUCCUGCAAUUUUAUUUCAUGUCUUGCUACAUCAAGAACAAUAAUAUUCAUCAAACGAGUCCUUGAAGAUUCCCAAAGGAGGUUUGGUGUAUCUUCCCGAAGAGUAGAAACGAGGCGACUCACAGUUGUGUACUUGCUCAGUUUGUUUUACACCGUGGUCUGGGUACCAUACGGUGUUAUAAGCGCCCGGCGAACCCAAAUUGACCGACUCUUAGCAUCGAUACUAGAGCUCUAUUUCGAGAUCUUUUGCUAUGUCAGUUUUCUAGCUGUGCCUUUUGCAUUCUAUAUAAUGGAUAAGGGAUUUGCAGAGUAUAUAAAAUCCACUGCAAGGAGAAAUCGACCACAGAUCAGGAAGUAUCUGGCAAAAUCAAAUCUGGGGAUGAGCAACCCGGCGUUGGCAAUCGAAAAUGGCGAAAACCAUAGCACAAGUGAAAUUACAUUGUAAUAAAGGAAUUUGAGUGUUACUCUUAACAUUUUCUUCAGCCCAUUCUGGAGAACUUGCAAUAAGGGGUGUGGGGGACGGUUGUGGAAUUCACUAAUCCACUAUCAUUUAGCUUAUAAUCCACAAAUUCGCUACUUUCUACACAUUCAAAUCCCGUUUGAUUGUUCUUGUUGACUGUCUGUAACAAAUCCGCAGCCAUCUUUUCGAUCCAGUAUCAAUGAAAAUCCUGAAUCCGGCCUACCUAAUCGUUGACAUCUUACAUCUGUAAGAAUAACUGGAUUAGCAAAUCCGUACGAAGCUAAUCGGAAAUCCGUAUCUGUCUACAAAAAUAUCACCAAUCUGCGGGUCCCGCUACCGCCCCUUUUAAUUCUUAUGGAGAAUUGGGUCGAAGAUAUAGCUGACCAAAGAUGUAAUAAACAGCACAAAAGAAACAGAUCUAGAUGUAACGAGUUCUAAUUGAAAUCAGUCAAUUACCUUCAGCAACAACAAUAAAAACAAUUACCUUCAGCAACAAUUUAAUCAUACGACCAUUAGAAGGAUGAUAGUACAAUUGGCCUACCUAAUCUUUACAAGCAUAAAGAUACAAAUGAACUGCAAAUCUGUAGUCAAUCACAAUCUGGUGAAGAUGCUAGCCAAAAACAUUGAAAUAUCAGAGUCGUUAACAGGCCAAAGCACUUCGGAAUAUCUUGUUCGACGGUAUUUCAAUAAAUUUAUGAUCCUAAUAGAUAAACUCGUAUUUACUUACUUUGAAGGCUGAAGAAAAUGCAACUUUCCCCUUGAACUGCUACGAGACGACGAAAACAAAUUCUUUCAUUAAAUUGUAACUUGUGUCUGCUCUGUACAAAAAACGAAAGAACUAGAGGGAACUAGAGAGCAACGGUUUUACACUAGCUUCGCUUACUUUUAUCAUAGUCAAUAGAAAAAUUCUAUUGACUAUGCUUUUAUCAAGGUAUUUAAAGCACAUUCACGUUGCCGUAAACAUACCUCUCUGCAUAUGGGAAUUGAAAUAACUUUGGCUUACUGACAUUAAAAUGCCUAUUGAAAGUUGGACAAAAGAAAUUUGACACCAUAAAUUCAAAGCGGAAUUAAAUAUAAGUUUCAUUUUCAGAUUGCAGGAAGAAUCUUGUUGACGUGAAAAAUUUUUAUAAUGGCUUUAAUUAAAAUAGUUUAUUAAUAUGGGAAGAUUCAAAGGGAAACUUAAAGGGCCUCUACAAAAAAAUUUUUUCUUUAUUAACUAAAAAGUUAGGAUCUGGUGCGUGUAUUAUGGCAAAGUAGUUGUUUUUGCAAAAUUCCAAUUAGUUUAGAAGUUAUAAGGCUUUAAAGUUGCACCUUUCCGAGAAAAAAAACGACAAAAGCCGAAUCAGUUUUGUGACAUUCUGACGUCACAGUGUGCGGCUCUCGUUCGCCAUGAAUUUCGUAUAUCUUCCACCGAAUUGCGAAGGAGUCAUGGUCACGCGUUGAUAACUGCAUCUAAAUCUACAGCAGGAGUUUUUUAGGAUCAAAACAUAUUGAAUGUUUACAAUCAUUCUAAGUUUGCGGGUCGGAAUAUGUCCAUGCUGUGUCAUGACUUUGAUUUGAGCACUUGUGUAGGCCCACAAAGCUAAGGCUUCCUGUUCCAGCUCUUCCCUCGCGUAUAAUUAAUCGAAAUUGACACUUCAGGUGUUCUCCAGAAACGAUGAACAACUAAAGGCUUCAGAAUUGAUAUCUGAAAUGCUCAAACUAAAAGCCGGUGGAACAGAACUGAGAGUACCAUAACUUGCAGUGUUCAAUUUGCCAAUCGCCGUCGUUCGAUCUGGUUUGAGGCGAGACUAACGAAAUACACUGUGACGUCAAAAUUGCGUCAAAGUGUCACCAAACCGAAAAAUUUUUGUCGGUUAUUUCAAUUCAAUUAUCAAAAUGCAAGAGCUUAUAUCUCACAAACUGUAAAAGAUAUCGAUAAACAAAUAACGAAUUCGUGAUCAGCAGGUUCAACUCCUUUAGAUUAGCCAAUAAAAUGCAAGUGCAAAAUUUGGCUGGAGAGGCCUAAAACCUUGAUUUUUCAAAAAAGAAAUAACCAAAGCAAACUUACUAUAAGAACCUUGUAAAUAAAGAUCUAAAACACUGGAAAUAAUUUGAAAACAAACAAAUAUUUAUCACCGGUGCUGUGUGCUUUCAAGGUAACUUUCGAAAAUUGUGUUCCUUCUUUAAUCCAAAAAAGACAAUUUUUCAUACUAUUCAUAGUCAGUUAACAUGAAGCGAAAUUAUCCGAUCAAGAUUAUCAUUGCGGUUCCAACCCAUCGCUGAAAAGAAUCCCGAACCCUACCCUGUUAUUUUCCAUCCAUGGACCCACCCAAUGGAAAUUGAAAUAUAUUUGACUAUGCGGCGUUUACUGUUGAAGCCCUGGCACUAUAUCCGUCACGUGACAUAUGAAUCGUUAUCUAUUCGAUUCCAAAGUUAGCACCUGCUCUUUAAUUUUGUGACUUCUUGUUAUCAAAUCCGCAAUGUUUGUCAAUUAUACAAGAACGAAUCGUAAAACAUGCGGCAGGGAAAUAGGAAGUCAGAACACUAUGAACACGAGCAUACCCUCCUCUACUUCAUCCGAUGGCAUACUGUUAAUACCAACAUGGGUUUCGGUAUCUGUGUUGGUCGUUAGCGUAUUGCUCCUGAUUGUAAAUUGUACAGGAUGCAGCUUGUUGCUGAAAUUCCUUCUCAAAAGUUCGGAGUUGGAGAGAACACCAAGUCACACAUUUAUACUCUACGCUACAUUGGUAUCGAUGCUUGCUUCUGUCAUUGGUAUGAAAAUUUUCAUUCAUGUGUCCGUCAAAAAUUAAAAAAGCACUUGAUUUUACCAUUCUAGUAUUAUUUUUUUGGUGUCAUAUCUUUGGUGUCUAAGUUUAAAUUUCGAAUGAUUGUAGAACGAAAAUUCCUGCAAUGAUAUCCUAUUAUGAGUUCGAAGCUGUAUAUUAAAAACUAUUAAUGUUGUAUAAAUAUGCACGAACCUAGAAUCUUGACUGCAAUCAACUUGUCUAUUUGAUAUGUCUAUCAAUUUGAUGUAUUCCAUACCUAGCAACGUUUCGUUAUUGGCAGUUUUAUGUUUAGAUAUGAUCACGAUGGUGGAUAAAAUCAGACUAUGACUCUCUCUAAUGUUUGUGAGUAGCUCAUUUCCCUAUUUUCGGCAGGCAUACCGAUAUCUAUCGUUGCUGCAUCGUUAAGGUAUCAACCAGCACGUCUUGCAAAUGCUUCAAGAUACUUGCAAAGCCGAUUUUUGUUUCUCUGCGUUGCUGUCAUGCUGCAUCAGUUGACUUGCCUUUCGACAGAGAGGUAUCUUACGAUAACAUUGAAAACAAGAAAGAUCACCAAUCACACCGCGAAGAAAGUUGCAGCGGUAUGUACGGCGUAUGUUACUGCAACUUGGCUCAUAAUCGUAAUAGAUGAUAUUUGCGAUGUGACGCAAACUUCUACAAUCGUAUCUUGUAGCUUUGUCGAGAGAAUCUCUCCAGCGUACAGGUCCUCUAGCAAAGUAUCAGUGGCAAUAAUUAGCAUUUGGUUUACAGCAAGUAAUUUGACAUUGGCAAUGACAACAGCUUCAACGUUGAUGUACAUCAACAACAUUAUGAAAGACUCUAAAAGGAGGCUAGGUGUUUCAGCCUGCAGAUUCGAAAAGAGGCGACUGACUAUUAUCUAUGCACUUAAUGUUAUCUAUGGCAUAAUUUGGAUACCGUAUGGAGUGGUAGUCGCCCGAAGGAACAAAAUGGAUCGGCUUUUGGCAGAGAUACUCAGGGUAUUUUUCGAGAUAUCCUGUUAUGUUAGCUUCCUGACCCUACCAUUCGUGUCCUACGUCACAGAUAAACGAUUUAGGGCAUACGUCAUAUCUUUCAGGAGAAAAAACGCAACAGUCAACCAUAUAGCGGUCAUCAACCGUCCAAAUCGAGAGGGUGAGCCACGUACACAGAAUCUUGUGCCACGUACACAGAAUCUUGUGCCACGUAUGUAGCUUAAAGAUGAAGCUUAUAUGAAGAGUCGGUCGAAAGAUGGAGAGAUCAUCUGUUUCAGCUUAUCGAAAGACACAAAAAAGCGUAUUUGGAAAAACAACACACAAAAGGAAAUACUACAAAAUUUCACUUUUCUUUUGGUAGCUUCUCAUUUAUUUCAAAGACUCUUUCCUAUAUAUAUAUCACAAAGAUGUCUAAUCAACAUUCAUUUAUACCAGGAGAACUGACUCGGUUUUUAGAUAAAAUAAACGUGAGAGGCGAUUGUCAAAUUCACGGAAGAAAAUAGCACACUCAUUGGUCCUGUAGCAUAUAACGUGGAAUGAUAAUAUCGAAACAUUACCUUUACCUACAAAAAAUUGUUUACAUGAAAAAAUCGGAUAGCGCUUAAAAUCCCCUGGUUCCAUUUACACCUGUCUUUAAACAGAAAAGUGCUUGAUCUCUGUUAAAUUUGACAUUCUUACUGGAUUACCAACAAGUAAGAUGAAAUUAGUAAUUAGUAAAAUUAGUAUUAGAAAUUAGUAAGAUAUAAGAACGGCAUAAAAAAUGGAAGCCAUAGAUUUGAAAGCACAAUACUUCACCCGUUCUAAAAGCAUAAUUACCUGUAACCAUUAGAAAUCGGGCUAAAUGAAUGCAGAUGGUAAGGCUAAAUUAAAAAUAUAAUCAAAUUUGAAAAAUCAGGUUUGAUCGGCCAAUAUAACAAAAAAAAGAAAUUCUCUGAGGAAGCAUAAAUGUGUGUCAGAAGAUUGGUUCUUUAAAUAUUUUUAUAACAAUUGUAGAAAAAACAGAGCACAUAUCCUGCUCGAUGUAGAAAACACAUAAUCUGUUGUAAGGAAAGAAACUAUCCUGACUGCUUAUUUGAAUGAAAUGAACUUGACCCUGAGACUAGACUUGCACUGUCCGUCACUGCUUUUAAGAAGAAGCUCUUAUCAAUAAUCAGGUCCCUUGUAGAUUCAAAGAUUCAAAAGGUCUAUGAUAUCUCACUCAUUUCAGAGUUGGUCUCAACAAAUUCAAUUUUCACAAAUUCAAGCACACCUUUCGGGAUACCAUAAACCCAAUGUGCCUUACAAACGAUGGUAUCGUUGAUACAGAAGACUUUAUGCUGCUCCGCCUUUACCUUGCAGUACCACAAAGAUAUCUUCUCGCUAGUUAUAUAGUGGUAUAGUUAUUUUGUAAAGUAGCGUAGUUUGUAAAUCUGUAUUGUAAUCUUACAGUGGAUAUAUAUAAAUAUAUACAAAAAAAAGGAAAAAAACUUGGAGGAAUGAGGUAUAGGCAACCUCUAGAUGCAACAAUUAUUACCAAACCUUAUAUAUUUGAAUUUGUAACAACCUGCCUCUGUUGUGUUUAUGGAAUCAUUAAAACUUUUCAAUAGGAAAUAGAUACAAGAUUAUGCUGAAAUCAAACAACAAGAACGGCAAUAAUAUAGAAUGACGAGGGCAAUAAAAGUUUUAUUAUUAUGCUUAUUUAGAUGCUUAUUUAAGAUUUUGACUGUU